GGUGACUGAGUGGUGGGUUGGCGCAGUGCGCACGCGCACUGGGCGCGAGGACCUGGCCGGCAGGUUGCUGUUGGUGGGUCGGCUGCGAGAAGCCACGCGGGCGUUGUCGGCAGCCGCCAGUGCCGUUGUUUUAAUUUGGGGGGGCGGUGGGGAAGGAAGGAAGACGGGCUGUUGCUUGAUGGGUGGGGCUGUUGGCGUGGUGAGGGCGCGCGAGUGGGUCGAACGCGGGGCCGAUUAAGCAGCCUCCAUGAAGCUGCUGCUGCUGCUGCUGCCGCCGCCGCUGCUCGGCUGGAGAGGAUCUGCGGGGGCUGCGUGCGAAGCUGGGCUGCGCCUCGGCAGCCAACAAUAAGCCUUGAGCGGCGCGGCCGGCGGGCAGCAGCCGCAGUGGGCUUCGAAGUCUCCGGGGCGCUUCAGGCAGCGGCGUCGAACCGCCUCCCGCGCUUGGUUCCUCGCCGAGACUCGGCGGCGGCAUUUGGCUCUGGCGUGUCUCUCAAGCAAGCAAAAGCGACCUCUCCGCUCACCUCCUUCUCCCUCUUCUCUCCGGCGCGGUCCCUUCCCUAGUGCAGCCCCGAAGGGACGAAGCCCCGCCGGAGUCUGCUGCGCCUCUCCGCCUUCCUCGUCUUCCGUCUCCUUGGCUGAAAUUCCGGGAAAGCCCCCGCCUGGAGAGCGGCGGGCAGGGAAGCAGGCCCAGAACAGUAGAUGCCGCGUCCCUGACCUCGGAAAUCCGGAGUCCAGAACUGGUGGUCGGCCUCUUGAGGGCUGGCUUUAAACCUUUUGGAUACAAGUGUUUCUCUCCGCUUUCCCCUUAAAUAAAUAAGCUGUUGCCUCGUCUUUCUGCCAGCUGCAGCACCACUCUUGAGUAUAUCCAGGCUUUUUCCGUACGAUUUGUUUCUACCUUUUUAUAUAUACAGAAAGAUUUUUAUUUCAGCCAUAUUAAGCUUCUUCAACAGAUGAAUGGAUAGAAAGGGCCAGACACCCAGGAUCGCGCUCUCGCCUCCCUUUUGGUUAUAAUCUCUUUUGGCUGUGGCAUGGAAUAACUGAUAUGUUUGUGUGCCUAAACACAAAUUACUUGUUUAGUAGAGUAUUUGAAGAUAAAAACUGACAACACUUUUUUUUAAAAAAGGGCUGAAAAUGAUCCCAAAGUGGGUUUUGCCUUAUUGGAACUAUUUACCUUCUGUGCCCAUUUUGGUCCUGUUUAAUUGCUGUGCUUUCCUAGCUAGUGCAGAUAAUGCUAAUCAAGCAUAUUAUACAGCCCUCAUAAAUGUGACUGUAUUGAAUCCUGAGCGUUCAACGCAUACAUUGCUAGUAGUGGAUCGUGGACGCUAUGGACAGGAUUCUCCCAAAGUAGCGGUCAAAGGCCUCCUUCUGGCGCCUUUGCCAAUCAAUGGAGUUGCAGAUCGCUUAGGCUGUGAUCCACGAACACGGUUUCAAGUUCCUCCAAACACCAAACAGUGGAUUGCCCUGCUGCAGCGAGGAAAUUGUACUUUUAGACAAAAAAUACUGCGGGCAGCUUUUCAUAAUGCUUCAGCUGUGGUAAUCUACAACAAUGUGUCCGGCGAAGAGCCUGUCCUUAUGACCCAUCAAGGAACUGGAGACAUUGUGACUGUCAUGAUCACAGAAACAAAGGUUAAGGAGAUCCUGAAUUAUUUAGAAAAAAACAUGUCUGUCCUAAUUGCAAUAGCAGUUGGAACUCGCUAUCAAACCAAAAACUAUAAUCGUAGCUCUCUCGUCUUUGUAUCAAUAUCAUUUAUAGUUCUGAUGAUAAUUUCUUCAGCGUGGUUAAUAUUUUACUUCAUCCAGAAGAUCAGAUAUACAAGUGCACGUGAUCGAAACCAGCGUCGUCUUGGAGAUGCUGCCAAGAAAGCUGUUGGCAAACUGACGACGAGGACUGUGAAGAAGGGUGAUAAGGAAACAGACCCAGACUUUGAUCAUUGUGCUGUCUGCAUUGAAAGUUACAAACAGAAUGACGUGGUCCGUAUACUCCCAUGCAAGCAUGUUUUCCACAAAACCUGUGUGGAUCCAUGGCUGAGUGAACACUGUACCUGUCCUAUGUGUAAGCUGAACAUUUUGAAGGCCCUGGGAAUUGUGACAAAUGUGCCAUGUGCUGACAAUAUGGCCUUUGACAUGGAAAGGCUUGCUAGAGGCCAGCUAGGCAACAGGCGAUCUGUACUUGGUGACCUUACCAGUGACAGCUCACUCAGUCUUGAACCUCUGCGUACCUCUGGAAUAUCACAAUUUCCACAGGAUGGGGAGCUGACUCCAAGGACAGGAGAGAUCAACAUUGCUGUAACUAGUGGCCAUUUCUUUCACCGUAAUUCUCUCUCCCCUCGGAGCCUGGUCUAUGAGAAUGACUUCUCUUCCAUUGAGCCUGUCUUGGACAUGUAUGAUGAAAAUAAGACCUGAAGGGGAUCUGCAUUCUUCCUGCUUUGCUCUCUUUCCCUUUUCCUUUUUCCGUUUUCUCAUUCCUAUUGUUGUGUACUCCUUCCAUGGGUGUCCUUUGUCUGAAGAAGAGCUGCCUUUUUCAGAACAUAUGCCUGGCUGCCAGGCUGCAAAGGUGAAGCUCAGCUGAGGCAAUAUCCGAGGACGACAUCUGUGAAUGAAUGAAGUAUGUGCACAAAGUCGGCUGUUGGAGGUUGCCGAGUUACAAAGUUGUCAUUAGAAGUGCCAGCGUGAUGGUGUCAGUAUGCUAGAGGUUUUGCCCUACUCAGUUUUAAUUUAUACAAGUCACCUCUCUGGAGUAGGCACAUGGUAUUUCUAUUUUUAAACAAAAAUUGCAGUGUUUGCCAGCUUAGUUGCCUGCUGGAGAAGGUUGCAGAAUACUGCCUGAAGUACUCCAGUUACUCUUCAUUCUGCCCUUAAUCUUACAUUGAACAUCCCCAUUCCAAAGGGAUCUAUGAGAAAUGUGACGUUCCAGUUUACAAUUUCAGUGGCUUGAUGACAAAACAAGCCAACAUUAUAGCAGUGUUGACAGCCUGCAGCAUCAGUUCAAGACUUUGGGUGGGGGGAGACCCCCACUUGGUUGCUGAGGAUAAAUAUGGACAAAAACUGCUUAGAAAAAAUGCAAAAAACAAAAAACAAACCCACUCCAAAACAGCCAUUUUUCCAGCCUUCCUACUGAAGGAAUUUCUGACUUUAAGAUGCUGCUGAUAUUUAUAAAAUCCUUAUUUGACCUUUAGAUUAUUAAGACUUCUUCAAUAUCCAGGAAUCAAAAAUAGGUUAUGCUUGGUUUUUAGACUAUGUUCUUUUUCACUCUGAUUUUUUUAAAAAAUCGUAUGUAGUGUUACAUACUGAAAUAGCUAGAAGCUUCCGUCCUACAUGUUUUUACCUGAGAGAACUCUAAUGAAACAACAAACACUUUUCUGAAGCUACGCCUUUUCCAGAAGACAUCAAUAUAUUAUGAAUACAGAAAGGAGGGCAAAGGCAGCUGCUAUGUACUCUGACAUCCAGGAGAAAAUACAUUUUUUACUAUAAUGGGACAGAAACUGUAGGAAAUAAACUUCUUAAUUGAUGCAAAAAUGAACAGCUAAAGGAAUAAACUAUAUGAUGUUUUUAAAGCACUCAACAACAACAACAACAAAUGCUUAAGCAAAAAAAAAUCAGAUAUGAACCACAAGAUUGUGCAUUUAAUGUAGUUUUUCCUACUGAAUGCUGCAUAAUUAACAAUUGACAAAUGUCAUUUUUCCCCAUUUCAAAUCUGAGCUGCUGUAGAAAUAGAUAUGGUAUCCUUAUAGUGUGAACACAAGCUUAAUUCUCUAGGAAUCUUCUUAAAGAGACAGAAGAACAAAGGUAAGGAAUGUUGAGUGGUUGUCUUGUUGAUUUAGGCAGCUUAAGUUGUAUGCAAGCUUAAGCUCUCUACAUAGGUCUUGUAUUUUUCUACAGAACCUAGUAUUUCUCUAUCCUGCUCUGGAAUGCAGUGACGCUGUGACAUUAAUGCACAGGCUUGAAACUAGCUUUGUAAAGCUAAGUGAUCCUUUGUUAGCAGGAAUGUUUAGUUGGUGGUGCUGAGAUGGCCAUAUUUUCUCUGAUCAUUCUUGACUGGGUGAUGCAGACCUUAAGGACUUAGCCCUGGCAGCCUUCUCUUUGUUAUAUGUGUCAGGUAAGUUUUAAUGUACUCCACUAUUCAUGAGGCAUUCUAAACAAAAUCUUUUAAAAGCACAGUAUUGAAGUAUUGUGAAUGAAGAUGGGAAGAUUUGGUGGAGAAAGUCACUGGUGUUAUUUGACUACUAUCACAGUUAGUGACUAGAGUGAGAUUACUUGAGUGAACACAAAAAUCCAGCAUCAUUUUUUCUUUUCUUUUUAAAACUGCCAAGAUGUAGGUAGACUUCUCUGUUGGUAAGAGGGAAUCUUGUUAAAGAGGUGUCUUUUUCAUGCAAAGUGCUCUCUUAUGGCAAGUGUUUUGUGCAUGGCUAGUACCCAGAUGGGAAAAGCCUACAACAGAUUCAACCCCUCCCACAAAUAUACUAGAACUAUAAGUCUGCCAUUGUCCCUUGUGUAGUAAAUCAUGCUGCUGGUAUGACAAACUAAAGUUAAUUUUUAUAAUUAAUUUAAUUUAAUUAAUUUUAAAAUUUAUAAACUGCUGACUGCUCUUUAUAUGAUAGCUGAAGCAUUUGCACAUUAGGAUGCUUAAGAUUAUUAAUAUUAUUAAACAUUGUUAAGUUUUGGUAUAGCAGGGUUACUGCCCUGUUACUGUUAAAGAUUACUGUUAUUUGAGUAGAUCUAGAGGCUAAGGGAGUAUUGAUUAGAACCAAACCCACCCAAAAACCUUUGUUCAAUAAGGCCCCAAUCCAGAGAAUGUUUGUCUCACUUAAGUUCCAUUGAAAUUAACUAUUGUUGGGAUUUAAGUGUAUUAACUUCUUUUGAAUUAAGAUUUUGAGGGGAGGUAGUGGGUGAGUUGUUCUACCAUAGACUGUUUUGUUAUCAACAGAUCAAUAUUAUUAGCACAUUUGUACAUUUCUCUGCAAGGUUUUCUGUUUCCUGUUUUAAUUGGAUGGAAUAAUUUCAUGGAGUGGAAUAGGGUAAUUCCUGUUGUCUGUUAUAUCUGAUAAUUUCAUUUAUAUUUAGCAAACAGUGAUCUGAAAUUAGACAGAUUGCAGUGUGUAAGCAUAUACUCAAAUGCCAUGUACUGAAUCAAACAAUUGGUCCAUCUGUCAUAGUAUUAUCUACUCUGACUGGCAGAUCUCCAGAGACUCAGGCAGAGGUCCCCCUUAGCCCUGCUUCCUGAGAUCCUUUUAGCUGAAGAUGUUAGUAUUGAACCUGAGACCUUCUGAUGCAAAGCAUAUGCUCUGUCACUGAGCUCUGACCACUUCACAAUUUCUUAUAUGACAAUUUCUUGUCAUGGGGACGUAAGAUUAGAUUGCAGUAAGCUGUAUCUAAUUCUCCCAUAGGUAAUUUCCAGUUGGUGUCUGAGGCACUGGCAACAGGCACUAAAACUGAGAAUAAGACUAAAAAUAAGACAUGGAAACUUUUAAACUCAGUUUUCACUGGUUCUUCUCCUGUCAGAGUGUUGCGCUAUGUUGGCAAACCUGAACACCUCUUAGCUCAUGAAGAGACAGUUUCAUGAAGACAGACAGCUGCCAUUGGACGACAUUUUGUGUGUGGAUAUCUUAGGAGUGGGCAGAACUCAAAGGUAUUUAGUUCAAUACUCUCCGAGCUUUUCAAACACUGAAUCUAAGCAGUAAUAGCCAGUGCUCCCUCUGAGCAAUAAAAACAAAGAAAUAAGCCCUUUGUAUUCACAAAAAAGCAUCUUUAGGAAAGGCUUUGUGAUUCUUGGCAUAGCUGAGCACCCACAGUGCUGCUUUUCCCUCUCCUAUAAGCCCAGCCAUUUUAUUUGUUUUAUUUAUUUGUUUUUAUUUAUUUUGCUGUAGACCCUGAGAGAACACUGUAGUAAGAGGACUAGUAAUUUAUUCAGGUUCAUGUAUGGUUCUUUGAGAAUAAUUGGUAAUUUGUAUUGUGUUUCAAGGCAAAUCCUUGCCUCAUGAUAGUAUUUUUCACCUGUUCUUUCUACCCAUAGUGACUUUUGCAAAAUCAAGACUUGUGAGCACAGGCCAGCCUGUGGUGGGAGUGUACCCUGAACAAAAAUGCACAUGUAUAUCAGCCCAAAGUUGACUGAAGGUUGUCGUCAUAGUGGAGGGUGGGAGGAAUCUAAUUUGGUCUUGCAAAUCCACCACCAUUUUAUCAUAGACUGUACCCAACUAUCUCUGUGUGGGUAACAGGACUUGAAAACAAAAAGAUUUCAGAGAAAUUCACCUUAUACAAAAACCUCAAGUUUUAACAUUCCCAUCCUGCUCUGCCUUGAUCACCAAAUGGAUUCAAAGUAGAAAAGGUUUGCAUCGCUUUUGAAAGAUGCUUGAGUCAUGUGUGAAAUGGCUGUUCAGUUUGUAGAGUUAAAAGUAUAGCAGACAUCCACAGCACAUUAUAUAUCACACACAAUUUUCUACACAGAGGUUAUCCCUUCUAAAAAUAAUAUGACAGACAAAGCAACUUUUCCUGAAGGAAAGGGAAAAAGCAACUUUUCCUGCAGCUCUGGACACGCCCUAGCAAAUGCCCUUCCUUAUGUUCUGCAGACCAUAUAUGUGGUUGGUAUAAUCCAGGGGUUCCCAACAGGAGGUACUAGUACCCCUAGGCAUACUUGAAGGACUCGCAGGGGAUACUCCAAAACAGCCACAUUGUUUGUUUCCCAUCUGAGGAUCACUGGCUUGCAGCAGUCUGUUGGAACAAGUUUAUUUGUCCUAUUAAUUUCGGUAGGAGUACUCAUGAGUAACUUAGUCUGGAUGUAGGCUGUAACUGGAGUAGUCUGUCUCAUAACGGUAAUUUAAAUUUGUGUGUGCAUACACACACACACACACACACACACACAUAUUGCAUUAGUAGUUACGUGCACACACUAAAAAUCUCUCUGAGGUACCUGAAGAUUUGUGACAAAAGGGGUUCACUUGUUAAAGGUUAGGAACCCCUUGUAUAAUCAAGAGAGCACCACUGGCUCUGCAGAGACUAAAUCCAAUGAAUGUAGCUUUCCAGGGAACAUAUAUUUUAGGGGUGCAAGGGCAGUCCCUUCUGAAGGUAAUGCAGGCCAUCAGGAAGUAGGGGAAUUCUCUGCUUCUAAUCUUACAGUUCUCUGAGGAUGGCAAUCAGUUCAUUUGAAAGACUGGCAAAUCACACACAUCUUGGCUCAAUGUUAUCCCACUGUGUGUGAUGACAAAUUUAACUAUUUCAGGUUUACAAUGUAACAAAAUAUUUUAGAAUUAUAUUGUCUUUAUUAUCAAAUUACCUGAACUUUGCGUGGACCUGUUUCAAAACUGUGCAAGUGUGUAGAGAUUAUAUUAUUGCAAAUAAACCAAACAGUGACACAGUUAAUAGAAACCACACACCCUCCUUUUCCCAUUAUGUUGUUAUUCCAGCAGUAAGAAAUUGUGGCAUUUGAUUGAUAUUGGCCCAGUUCAUACAUUUACUAGGCUGUAGAGUCUCUUUGCAUGGUGGAGUCUGUGUGUACUUCUCAUCCACCAUAAAUACAUAUUGGAUAAGGUGGAUAUUUCAGAGGCCUAUUCAUACACACAAGUCCAUUCCAUAUGAGUUCCUUCCUCACCCUCUGCUUUUUGAAGAGAAAACUGGACCUUCAUAUAAAGCAUAUGUCUCGUGUCUUAUUAUGUGUGAGGGUGUACAGAAGCUGUAUUUUUCAAAUAAUAAUUUUUAAAAAGAUCUUAGGAAGGCCUAUUUCACAUGUUAAUCUGCAGAAGUGAAAACCCAUUCAGUUAAGACUAAAGGAUGCAAUAGGCAGGCCUUUUCAGAUGUCCAGAGAGGCCUGGGCCACUCCCAGCUUUUGAGGCCCUUAAUGAUACAAGAAUAAAUAAAUGAUAGCACAUGAAAACAAAAUAAGGCACCGCAAUAUUAACAAGUGUCUGAAUGUGAGGCCCCCUUUGAGCUUGAGGGCCAAGCCAAAUGGCCCUCUUCCUCCCAUCCGAUUGCCAAUAGGCAAGUAAUGGUGGAGAGAUGUGGGUAAUGUGAAAAGACUAAAUAUAUCUAAACACUAAAUAUAUUUGCGUGGUAUCCAGAGCUUCUGUGCUCAGUGCGCCACUGGAGCAAGCUCCUUCUGGGAAAGAAAGCAUCUUUUACUGACUGUGAACUGCUGCACCAAAUGGCUGGAUACUACCUGCCAUAGAACAACUGUGCACACUUUCCGUUUUGCUGGAGUGCUCCUUGUAUCUGUCCUCUUCCCAAGUUUUUUCCCUUCGAAGUACAAGACAGAGGGCUGAAAAGUAGAUUAUUUUAGUGUGCUUUAUACAUGCUGAACUAGUACACGUUUGUGUGAGAUGUCCUCCACAAGGAGCAUCUAAUAAGAAGUUCAUUAAUUUGGGGAUAAUCCAUCUUUCUCUGUAUUUAGACAUAGGUUGCCCUGAUUGGGCAGGUCCCAAACAAAAGGAAAAAAGAUGUAAGUUAAUCAACUUUGGGCAAUGUUAAUGUAGGAAUGAAAAAACGUUUGAGUCUUAACCGGAGUGGAUUGGAAUGACUGCAAUGAUUUAUAUCUAUUUUACACUUUGUCAUGGCUUCCCCUAUGCAAAGAAUCCUGAGAAAUACAGUUUUGUGAGGUGCUGUGAAUUCAGAUAUCAAACUCUGCAGUUGCCCCACUCAGAAGUUGGGCAAACAGAAGUACAAUUCUCAGGAUUCCCUAGCAAGAGGGAAUGACAAUUAUACCAGUAUAAGAUUGUAGUAUAGAUGUCAGCAGUGUAUAUACAAAACAAAGAUGGUUCAAAAGAUCUCAGACACCCAGUACAUCAAGCUCAUUCAAUAAAAUGUUUGCAUGCAUAAUCAGUUUUGCUCUGUGCAAAGCAAUUAUUUAGCGAUUAAGAUUAAACUAUUGCAUUAAAAGAACUCUUAAAAGAGGAGAUAAUGGGCUUAACAGAAAACAACUGUUAAGCCCAUUAUCUCCUCUUUUAGGAGUUCUCUUUGAUAAUGAAAGCCCAGACAAAUUUCUCAAAUUAACCAUUCCUCCUUGUCAGCCCACUGUUUUCUUUUAUUCUAUUUUUGUGAUCAAAAAGAGAAGUGAUUUGACUCAAUCUGGCAUGAACUAAAAAUCAUUGACUAAUUCCAGCAAUCAAUAAUAUGUUCAACUAGUAGUAAGAAAAUUAAAGUUGGUGCCAUCUUACUUUAAAUAUCAGGUUCAUUCUGCCUCUCUCUGGACUUCAGUUAGCUACUAGGGAUGUCCACGGAACCGGGUCAGGGUGGCUCAUACCUAAAUAAGACUUACACCUUAGCCACCACUGAAAAUAUUUCUCUAACCUCCUUUGAAAAAUGCCCUGUGAAGGAGACUUGGCAGUUUCUCUUAGUAGCUUAUUCCUCUGCCUAUUGAUGCUUUGUAAUUAUUCAUACUACUUAUAUUUAUAUUUUCCCCAUUCAUUUUCAGUGAUCAUGUCCUAACUUGUGUGCCCCAUCCCCACAAAUCUGACUGAUCAUUUAAUUACUGGUAAUUACUGAAGGGUCCAUCUCGGUCUAAAAGGGCAUCACAUUUUACUUAAAGCACGCAUGCAUACACAGAGACUGUAUUCAGUGUCAAGGCAAGACUGCAUUUACAUUGCUGUAUCUGAAUUUACAGAGAUGAGACCAAGAAAUAAAGUGGUAUCUGCAUCUUGCUGUUCCAUAAGCCUCUGUUGCUUGCAGUGACAUCUAGUGGGAGAGAACAGGACAAAUGAGCUCCUCAGUCAUUCCCCAACAGGUGUUUUGUGUUUUAGCAUAACAAAGGCAUUACCUGCUCAGCUCAUCAUGUUUUCUCUUUUCAGAAAAGAGAAUCAGGUUUAUAGUAUGUGAUAAUGGGCUUCAAGCAGACAAUAUAUUAUUAAUCAGCUAUUUUGACAGGCUUCUACCUGACUAUUCUGUAUUAACUCUAAACUGUUUUGUUAAAUCAGCAUAUUAGUGGUUGUGCUGAUGAUCUUGAAGAACUUUCUGUUAGGUGUUGCUGUGCCAAAUGAAGUGAGUGUCAUCCUUUCAACCUUGGAGAACUUAGCAUUCAACAAGGGAGCAGUUUGGUUUUAAUAUUCCUUUGAAAAGUUGCAUUUUUUCAGUAAAACACCGAAAGCUCCUGAAUACCACCAUCAAAUAUGGUCCAUUGCAGUCUUACAUAAGGCUCUAAAAACAGUGCAUUUUAUCCUACUCUUCUUCGUUAACUACUUAUAAACAAGAAGCAGACUCCAUGAUUUGCAUAAUGUGGGCUAUCUUGUGCCAAAGUGGCAUGAUUUAGCUCAUGCUACUACUACUCCCAGGAAUAUAUGGAGAGUGGUUUGCUCUCUCAUUUAUUGCAGUUGAUUGAUGCAGCCUCAACUGAAUAUCCCUGUCUUACUGAAGCAGCACAGCUGCACAAACUGAUGCUUCCAUUUGCACAAGAAAAUUUUUAAAAGUUGUCCAGGUAGAAAGCGGGUCUACCUGUGUGCGGUAUCUCACUUUGUGCCAGGCAGGAAAGAGAGAGGAGUGGGAAGGACAGGGGAGUACACAGGCAAUGAUGAGCUGGGACCACCCAGAACCACACCCCCUUAGGGGAUGGAGCUGCUCUGGGAAGAGCAGAAGGUUCCAAGUUCCCUCCCUGGCAUCUCCAUGAUAUGGCUGAGAGAGAUUCCUGCCUGCAACCCUGGAGAAGCCGCUGCCAGUCUGUGUAGACAAUACUGAGCUAGAUGGACCUAUGGUCUGACUCAAUAUAUGGCAGCUUCCUGUGUUCCUAAUGCCAGAGUCAUCGCCUUCACUCAGGAUUUCGGAAGGUUUCUGCAUCAUGCUUGCAUGCUUUAGGGAUAUUUGCCCCUCUUCAAAACAGUCCUAUUUGAACUACAGAUUUUUGGUGGCACCCAAUGUCUAAAGCUUAUCCUGGCAUAAAGAUGCAGUGAUGGAGGAACACUGCUCCUCUUAAGCUUCCUCCUGCUGUGCAGCUAUUUAAAGCAUAAAUUCCCUGAUAUUGCAGCUGAGAGGACAUAGGAGUAACAUCAGUUACAACACUUAAAGUGACCUGCAAUAAAAUGGCAGGACACAAGCCCAGAUGUUCCUGUGUUCUGAAAUGUUAGCAGAAUGUACACUGCUGUGUUGCUAUGAGCACACCAGUGCAUUUGGUACAGAAGGGAACUUGGCUCAUUUUCUGAUCAGUUCAGUGACCUGGGGUGUUCCUCACUCACCAGACUGGAAACGAGACAUUUUUAAACAGGAGAGAAUGUCAUCCCAUCAGUUCUGAACAAGUUAUGUUCAAUGCCUCCGUUUCUUAAAUAUACUAUGGGAAUAAUACCUACCUCACAGGAAUUGUGUGAGGUUUCAUUCAUCAAUAUGUAUAAAGAAUGGCAAGCUUCUUGCAUGGGUGGUGCUAUGUAAGUGCAUACAUGUUUGCUUGUUCUGAAGAUCACCGCUUGUUUGCUUGUAUGUCUCCAUUUGCCCACAGUUUUUCUCAUUGCUGUCAGGCACUCUGUGAUGCUGAACCAUGUUGGCUAGAGUACUGUGAUCUGUUUUUGUAUACAGUAUUGAUGCUGAUGUCUGCUUUUUCCUUUAUUCUUUCACUGUUGGUUCACUUAUGCUUGCUUGGCCCUGCUUGUAGCUCUUCUACUGUAGUUUCUUUUGGUGCAUCUAGUCAGUAGAAUAGAGAAAGAGAAAUAAUUUGACAGGAUGAUUUGCUGACUUGCUGCUUUGGUGUAGUCUCAGUGACUCCAGAAGGUCUAUGCCACUAGCAUAAGGGGUCAGCAAUUUAUCCCUUUAGAAAUGCCAGUCAAUCAUUGAAUGUUAGUUAUGGCUGACUAUUUACAUUGUGGUUCUUUAAGCAAUUGGAUUGCUAAAAAUCCUAUGUUCUUAUCGCUAUGGGGACAACCUGCUGAUUAUCCCAGCAAGAGUGUGUAAGAACCCCCCAAAUACCCAGCUAUCACAUUUGUUAAGCUAAUGAGGUUGCUCUGCAUUAGCAAGAAGCACAUGUAAAAUAGCUGUAUCCAGCUCAGUAGAUUGGUGAAGAGAGUUGCUAUUUUUCCAGCUACAAAUCAGAUUUGGAAUGGCUUUGGCUAUUCCUUCUCCAAGGUCAAAGAAAUUGCCUUCUGUUCUGGGAGCAGGAGAGAAAAGAGGUGCUUGCUAUGUGCUAGUUAGACUAUCUCUGAAGUGGUGGUGGUGGUGGUGGUUAGAGCAUUCUGGUGUUUAUUUCAGUAAGAAUAACUCUCAUGCCUGAGAUUAGCUAGAUACCAUCCAUGGGCUUGCCUCUCUCUACAUUUUCUAACUGGGCUACUGUACCUUUAACAGCUGCAAGUCAAGCUAAAACUCAACUUGUACAGCCUUGUCCCCUUGCAUAACCAUUCAAUGAUGAGAGAGCCAGCUGUCCUUGUUGAGUUCCUUACUGUCACAAAGUGAUUACGAUCAUGCGAGCCUUGUGGGCGGGGAGAGAAUGUAGGAAGACCACACUUGGAGAACUGCCACCACCCAAAUAAGACAAUUGCCAUGUUUUACUGUCUUCUCCACAUCUGUAUAUUGCUCACUGUGGUGAUAAAAGACUAUCACUACACUAAGCUUUACUUGCUGGGAAAAACCGCCUUUCCAAAAUGCAGUUAUUUGGUCACAUUUUGCCGUGAGAGAAAUCGAUGUCAGAUAGCUGCCACAUAAAGGCUAUGCAAUGCAUACAAUCUUUAGGUUUGCGGCUAUCCAUGGGGAAAGCAGGCAUACAUGCUCUGUCACAAGCACAAAGUGUGAUUGAGGGUGUCAGCAUCCCAAAUCCUCAUUUGAGCACAUUUAACUAAUAUGAGCUGUCUUGAUUCCAGACUGUUAGCCCAGAUAGAAAAUGAAGUGAAUAGCUAUGUACCUAAGGGUCAUGUGACUUUGUGUCUGCUCAGGCUCCCCAAAGACAAGACAAGACUAACUAUGCGCAAAAUGCAGCAAGAGAGUAAUUUUGAGCAGAGGGUUUUCGGACAUGUUGAAGUGUGAUUAAAAUAUCAAAGGUUGCAAAUGUGAAAUCCAGUGGCGGGACCGAUGUCUUUGCAUUCUCCAUUGCCAUCGCGUGAAUUAUUCCAGUGUGAACAAAGAGCUGAAACUACAAACAAACAACCAGAAGCCCAGCAAGGCGAAAUGGACUCUCUUUUGCCUUGUUUCUAAUCUGGACAUGUGCAGGCAGUGUGCCACCUUGACAAUCGAAAUAUUCAGACUCAUGUGAUAAGCUGUAGCUUGGCAGCCACAAAAAUUCUUAGUCUACAUAUUUUUUGAUGUACGUAUACGACUAUAUUGUAGCUCUGUGGUAUAUGCUGAUAUGUUAAUAGUGUAUACCUUUAAGUUAGGGUUUGCUAAUGUAAUACAUUUCAAUAAAAAUCUAUUC